CGGGCGGCGCGCGGCGCUGUCGCCAUGGCAACGGGAGGGGCGGGCGCGGCGGAGCGGCUCGGGGCGCCGUCGCGAUAGGAGCGAGGCUGCCGGGUUGGCGCUGGUCGCGCGCCGAGGCCUCCCGUCGUGGCUAUCGCGACAGCAGGCGGGCCAAUGGAAGCGGACGGAGCCGUGGAUAUGGGUGCGCUGCGGGCGGAGCUGCGGGCGGCGCUGGAGGCCGACGAGAGGCGCGAGAGGGAGAACAGCGCCAAGCUGCGCGCAGUGCGGCAGCGCGUGGGAUCCUACGAGCAGUUCAGGGACAUCGUGCUGGCAUCACACUUAAGGCCUCUAGAGAAGAAGGACAAGAUGGGGAACAAGAGAAACGUGCUGUGGAAUCCCUGUGCAGGCCACACGAGGGGCCAGCAAGCCACUGAGGUGGAGAUACCACAGGAGCUGGAGCAAUUGCCUGGAACCUCUGCCGAAUUUUACCGAGAUUGGCGCCGGUGCUUAAAAAGUGGAAAAGAAAAAUACCAGCUUUUGCUUAAACUGGAGGGGAAGGCCUUGAGCAGAAUCUUUCAGGCCGAGUUGGGUUUUGGCCUCCUGGGUGAGUUCCUUACCGUGCUGGCAGAGAACGUCUGCCACGAAGACAGAGAUGCUGUGCUUCAGAUCUUACAGAGCCUUUCCAGCACCAAACGCUUUGGGUUAAACCUGGAUCUUCUGAGCGCGUCAGAAAAAGAGAGCACCAGGGAUCUGUUUAGGAAGCUGCAGAGCAUGAGUGGGGGUUAUUGGACCCCUGGCCAUCCCUGUGGCGAAGCAGAGGGAGAAGCCCACCCCACCGACACCGACUUGCAGAAGGAAGCGGAGGAAAGGAGGGUCACAGAGCUGAUGAGGUGCUACCAGGCCAGCUGAGGGAGCAGCAGUGGUUCUGCCCAAUAAAGGUUAGCAA